AUGGGUAGCUCACCGUUAGCGACACGUCCUCCUUUUCGACGUUGGGCUCACCUAGUCCUGUUUACCAUCACAUUCGUCUACAUCCUUUUCCAUUCCUCAACCUUCAUCUCUUCGGCGUUCUCUCAAUCCAGCCCACAGGAGUUCGCACGUCGUUCCCAGAUCCUCUCCAAAUGUGCCUACAUACGUGCUAAACCCGGGCCUCCACCCAAUUUCCAUACCCGCACCCAGAGUGACCGCCUCGCAGAUUCAGAGAACACGACUCCCAUUCUUGUGCGUAAUGCGACCAUCUGGACAGCCGCCAAUGACGGGCACGAGGUUCUCACUGGUGACCUCCUCAUGCACCACGGUCUUAUCAAAGCCAUUGGGGAUAUUCCUCUUUCUCUGAUUCGGCAGUUUGAGUUAAAGAACAGGAAAUUGGAGGUUAUCGAUGUUCACGGAGCGUGGGUGACCCCUGGCAUUGUGGACUUACACUCUCAUAUCGGUGUCGGCAGUGCACCUCAGCUCAAUGGUGCGGGCGACACGAACUCUCGUAAGGCCCCUAUAUUGCCCUGGUUGCGCAGUAUUGAUGGGUUGAACACCCAUGAUGCGUCAUAUGAACUCGCCAUGGCUGGAGGCGUCACCACCGCUCAAAUUCUCCCCGGGAGCGCAAAUAAUAUCGGUGGCCAGGCAUUCAUCAUAAAGCUUCGCCCUACAGCCGAACGUUCGCCUUCUUCCAUGCUCCUCGAGCCUCCCUACACCCUCAAUGGCUCUCACUUUGACCACACUCUCACGCCCCGCUGGCGACACAUGAAGUCUCUCACUCACUCACAAGGCGAAAAUCCCUCUCGUGUCUAUGGCAUGACACGCCUUGAUUCUGGGUGGAACUUCCGUGCCGCCUACGACAGUGCUCGAAAGCUGCGUGACGCUCAGGACGAUUUCUGUGCCAAGGUAGAAUCUGAUUCCUGGGAUGACCUCGCGGGGAAGAUAUUUCCUGAAGAACUGCAAUGGGAAUCCCUUGUCGAUGUGCUCCGCGGACGUGUGAAGCUUGCUGUGCACUGCUACGAGGCGGUUGAUCUCGACGGAAUCGUCCGCCUUACAAAUGAGUUUGAGUUCCCCGUGGCGUCAUUCCACCAUGCUGGGGAAACAUAUCUCGUUCCGGAGUUGUUGAAGAAGACGUGGGGGGGCACACCUGCCAUCGCGCUCUUUGCAUCCAACUUCCGGAAGAAACGCGAGGCGUAUCGAGGAUCGGAGUUCGCUCCACGGGUGCUGGCAGAGCAUGGAAUCGACGUUGUUAUGAAGUCUGAUCACCCUGUUGUCAACUCCCGUUACCUCCUGCAUGAAGCCGCCCAAGCGCACUAUUAUGGCCUCGACCCUGCACUCGCACUCCUUUCCGUUACGUAUACUCCUGCCACUGCCAUGGGGAUGGGCCAUCGGAUUGGGAUGCUGAAACCAGGGUAUGAUGCUGAUGUUGUGAUCUGGUCUUCCCACCCACUUUCGCUUGCUUCAACGCCCGCCCAGGUCUACAUCGACGGUAUCCCCCAGCUCUCCCUUCCCGGCCACUAUAUUGCCAAGGGACCCACUACACCUCCACGCACGCCAAAUUUCGACUCAGAAAAGGUGGCGGCAGUUGUGCAUGAGGGUAUUCCCCCUCUUGAGCCUCGCAGCGUCAAAAGUGCGAUAUUCGUGAAUGUGUCGAGGCUUUAUGUAAGAGGUGAUGACUCGAGUGGGGUGAUGUGUGUUUCCGAGCAGGCGGGAUUGGUGGGCGUGGAAGAUGGCCGAGUGGUGUGUGUUGGUCAAUGCUCGGAUUUUGCAGAAGGGGAUGUCGAUACUGUAAACCUUGAAGGCGGUGCGAUCACACCUGGACUGACGAGCUUCGGUGCGCCACUGGGGCUCGUGGAGAUAAGGCUUGAGCCGAGCACGAACGAUGGAAGUGUUCAUAACCCUCUCAAUGGAGAUCUGCCCGCCAUAUUGGGUGACACAAUCAUGAGAGCACAAGAUGGGCUCAUGUUUGGUGGUCAGAACUUGCUAUUAGCCUAUCAUGGCGGUGUCACAACAGCCAUCACUGCGCCAUCUGGGACCUUCCUGCAAGGCGUAUCUACUGCAUUCUCACCUGGAGCUGCGCAUGCAAGCGUGGAAAAUGCGAGCGUUGUUGAUGAGGUCGCAUUGCAUGUGGGUAUAAGCAUGUCUUCCAGGGUAGGCGUGAGCACGCAGGUGGCAGCACUAAGGAACAUGUUAUUUGGGAGGGGUAGGGAUGAAGUACUCAGGAGCGUUAGAAAGGUUAGCUUAUCCUCUUGCAUUGAAUUGACGCUGAUAUCUAUUGUUGACGUUGAGAGCGCAGACAUAAUGGCAACGCUGCUUCGGCUCAAGGAUGAGUAUGAGGCUCAUUCCGGCAGGGAGCUUCGUAUGACCUUCGCAGGGGCAACCGAGGCUCAUAUCAUUGCGCACGAGAUUGCGAGGGCAGGCGUGAGUGUGAUAGUCACACAGAGUAAACCAUACCCAUCAACUUGGGAGCAGCGGAGGAUACUUGCUGGCCCGCCGAUCACGCAGGAGAGUCUGGUUACUGCGCUGUUGAAGGCCGGCGUCAAUGUAGGCAUUGGUGUUGUUGAUGAGUCCAAUGCCCGGAAUACACGUUUCGAAGCCGGUUGGUUCCUCUUCACGUCCAAUGGUUUUAUUGACCGCACGACGGCUCUCGCACUUGCCACGACAAAUCUCGAGAAGGCGCUUGGAAUACAGAGGGAGAUGCCUCAGGACCUUGUGGCAUACCGUGGUGGGGAUGUGUUCGAGUUUGAAGCCAAGGCAGUUGGAGUUAUAUCGGAAACAUUGGGGCGAAUAGAUUUAUUUGUGUGAUCAGUGACCAGAGCAAGAUCCUCAUUCGUAGGCUCUGAGUUUCAUUAUAGGAACGGAUGUAUAACAACUGAUAGUACACAUUCAGUACUGUACAGUAAUCAAUGUGA